AUGGCCAAGCGCCACAGCAACGCCGUGGGCGUGAAGCUGACGUGCGGCUCCGUAGCCAAAACCACGCGCCUCGCAGCUGCACAGCCCAAAGAGAAGUUCGCCGUCUUUGGAGGCCAGGCAGACUUCAUCGUCGGUGGUCUGAGCUCAGGCUCGUCUGGCUGCAUCGCUGCUUUUGCCAAUGUUGCUCCUCGAUGCAUCGUUCGCAUCAACGAGCUCUAUCACCAGAGCAAGCACGCAGAGGCUCUGGCCCUGCACCAGAAGACUGCACUGGCCGAGCACGCUAUCAAGGGCGGCAUUGCGCCUACAAAGUACGCUGCGGCGAUACACAGCGCUGCCUAUGCCGGUAUUCAGGACGCACCCGCCAAGAUGGCACCGCAUAGGCCCUACGUUGCGCCAGCCACUGCCGUCCGAGACAUGGUCAAGUCGAAGACAGCAGAGGUUGGGAGGAUUGAACAGAGCCUGCCUCUGAUCAACAGGCCUAUCUCUCCAAGGAUAUGA